AUGACAGCUCAAGCUACAAACGGCCAUGCUGCCAACGGUACUAAUGGUACUAAUGGUACCAAUGGUACCAACGGCUCCGCGUUGCGGACCAAGAUUUGCGUCUUCUGCGGCGCCUCGCCGGGCAACAAGCCCGAGUACGUCGAGGCCGCCCGCGCUCUCGCCCGCGCCUUGGCCGCCAACAAGAUUGAUCUAGUCUACGGCGGCGGCACCGUCGGCCUCAUGGGCGAAGUCGCCAAGACGCUCUGCGAGCUACGGGGCCCCGACGCCGUCCACGGCAUCAUCCCCGAGGCUCUCGUCAGGUUUGAGCGCGACGGUACUUACGCCACCCUCAACGCCGAGGGCCGCUACGUCCCCGACAAGGCCAAGUACGGCCGCACCACCAUUGUCCCGGACAUGCACACCCGCAAGAAGCUCAUGGCCGAGGAAGUCUUUGCCGGCGGGCCCGGUUCGGGCUUUGUCGGCCUGCCCGGCGGCUUCGGCACCAUGGAGGAGCUCUUCGAGGUCAUCACCUGGAACCAGCUCGGCAUCCACGACAAGGGCAUCGUCCUGCUCAAUGUCGGCGAUUACUGGCGCGGCAUGCUGGAUCUCAUUGAUAAUGCGGUUGGUGAGGGCUUCAUCCGAGACUCCAACAAGGAUAUCGUCCUGGCCGCCCGCGACGGCGACGAGGCCAUCCAGAUGCUGCGAAACUACAAGGUAGCAGGGGGGAUUUACGGCCUAGAAUGGGGCAAGCAGUAG